GCUGAUCGGCACGUAGGCCCAGCAAGAGCCGACUUAGCCAGCCGCUCUGCGGCCUUUGCUCCUUGGAGGAGACACAGAGGCAGGCGGAGGGAUCCUUACAGAGCACUGCAAGCCGCACUGGCUCCUGGCAAAGAGCCAGGCAGAAGGGCGCGUAUCCCGUACCGGUCCCACUCUGCUCUCCCUCAUAGCUCAGCCCCGCUCCGCAGUCAGUGCCCUCCCCAGUAACUCCCCAUUCCCAGCCAGUGUCUUCUCCAAUCGUUCCCCAUUCAGUGCCCUCCCCACUAGCUCUCCACGCCCAGUCACUGCCCAUCUCCAGUCAGCGCCCUCCUCCUAGCUCAUCCUCCCCCCCCCCCGCCGGUCCGUACCCCCCUCCCCCAGCUGAGCCUGUCCCCACACGCACCGUCGCUCGCCCGCGGGCCCCACUCCUCGCCCCCGCUGCCUGUGCGCCUUUGCUCCCCGCAGGUACAUGGGGGCGGUGGGCUCGUCGCGGGUGAUGUGUGACAACGUGCCGGGCUUGGUGAGCCGGCAGCGGCAGCUGUGCCAGCGGCACCCCGAGGCCAUGCGCUCCAUCGGGCGGGGCGUGGCGGAGUGGACGGCGGAGUGUCAGCACCAGUUCCGCCAGCACCGCUGGAACUGCAACACCCUGCACCGGGACCGGAGCCUCUUCGGCAGGGUCCUGCUGCGCAGUAGCCGGGAGUCUGCCUUUGUGUAUGCCAUCUCCUCUGCUGGAGUUGUAUUUGCUAUCACAAGGGCAUGUAGUCAAGGAGAAUUAAAAUCAUGCUCCUGUGAUCCUAAGAAGAAAGGGUCUGCCAAGGACAACAAGGGCCACUUUGAUUGGGGUGGUUGCAGCGAUAACGUUGACUAUGGUGUCAAAUUUGCCAGAGCAUUUGUGGAUGCAAAAGAAAGAAAGGGAAAAGAUGCCAGAGCACUGAUGAACCUUCACAACAACAGAGCUGGAAGAAAGGCUGUGAAGCGUUUUUUGAAACAGGAGUGCAAAUGUCAUGGUGUGAGUGGAUCAUGUACUCUGAGAACCUGCUGGCUGGCCAUGGCAGACUUUAGGAAAACAGGAGAUUAUCUAUGGAGGAAAUAUAAUGGAGCGAUUCAGGUGGUCAUGAAUCAAGAUGGCACUGGUUUCACCGUGGCUAACAAGAAAUUUAAGAAGCCCACCAAGAAUGACCUGGUAUACUUUGAGAGCUCGCCAGACUACUGUAUCAGAGACAGGGAUGUAGGCCUUCCGCUUAACAGUUCUUGUGGUGCCCGAUUGGCAAAGGAAGAUGUUAUUCCAAGCUGCCAGUGGGAAACCUGCAGUUUAUGCCGCCAGAGUAUUCAAACAUAUAGUGACUGAACAGCACAUCUAUGAGUGCAGUGGGCUGGUCAGCUGCCAAGGUGGCCCUGGAAAAUACACCCUUCCCUGAAAUGUGACUGACUAUCCAGAGCUCCUGCUUCGGGAAGAGUUUGCAGCUAUCAGCACCCGGGAUUGAGUCAGAAAUGAGGGAAUCAACAAUAUAUUGUGUUAGCUUCCACAUGGCUUAGCCUGUCAUGGCUGCGUGCAAACACGCAGAACUCCACAGCCAUCCCCUUACUCCUCCUUCCCCUACCCCCCAGCCUAUUUCUGGACAAAAUUUCAAACCCUAGUUGAAUUGGGCACAAAUGAUUUUGUUGCCUAUGGACUGCCUGGACUACCUCUAACUGAAAUGGACUAGAUUUGUGAAUGGAAAACAUUUCAACCUCCUCCUUGCACGGUUCACCAUUUCCAGGCAGUUCGUUACAGAGUG